AUGUUGGGAUUCGUACUCAGUCUCCUGUGGCCAACUCGUCUAGAACCUCUGGGCCGUCCGAGUUCUGUAGAACCCCCUCGUCCUCUACCUACUCAACAAUUUUUCAAUGGAGCUCGCGAUAUUACGAUACAAGGGGGGGAGUUCAAUAGCGUUGGCGGCGACCAAAUUAAAAAUCAUAACUACUAUUUUGCCAAUCUGCUUUGGGAAGCGAUUAAAGACGUCGGUGCAUCUCAUAAUUCGGAACAACAGGUUGACCGGGACGGUUGUCUCCCUGGAACUCGUGAAGCAGUUCUCGAACUGAUUCGACAAUGGAAAGUUUCCAGGUCCAGGAGUAUGCCGGUUUGUUGGCUUUCUGGCGCUGCGGGUGUAGGGAAGUCGGCCAUUGCAUUGACUGUCGCUGAAGAAUGCGAGGAGGAUGGUCUCGUGGCCUCGUUCUUCUUUUUCAGAUCAGACCCCAAGCGAAACAACGCCUCCUCCCUCAUUCUAUCUAUCGCACACGGUCUUGUAGUUACGAGACCGCAUUUAAAACCACUUGUUGACCAGAGGAUUUCCGCAGACCCCCGGAUUCUCAAGGUUAAGUUGGAAGAUCAAUACAAGAAAUUGAUUCUACAAAACCUGAAUCAUCCUCCCCCUUCCGAGUCUGAUCAAAGGAUGCCUGACCUGGUUAUCAUUGAUAGCCUCGAUGAAUGUAGUGACGCUGCUACACAGUGCCGCGUCCUUUCCAUCAUAUUUUCCACAUAUCAACAAACACUCCAAUACCCUUUGCGAUUCCUCAUCUGCAGCCGUCCUGAAUCCUGGAUCCGAGAAGAAUUUAUUCGGUUCAGUGGAUUGACCAAACAUAUCAAACUGGAUGAUUCGUUCCACCCCCGGUACGACAUCGAACUUUACCUCAAUCAGCAGUUCCUGGAGAUCCGCCGAGACCCCAAAUAUUCACAUGUUGAAUUCUCAGACCCGUGGCCGUCUCCCUAUCAUUUUGAGUUGCUGGUUGAUAAAUCUGAUGGUCAAUUCAUUUUUGCAAAGACUACCACCAUGUUUAUCAAGGCGGACUACUCACUUCCAACUGACCAGCUUCGCAUCAUCGUCGAUACCAUAUCCAACCAGUCUUCUGAUUCCUCGAGAGAGUCACCCCUAGAUGAUCUCGACAAACUCUAUCUCACGAUAUUGCGUGCCAACCCUGACCGCGAUAAGCGUCUACCCCCCAUUCUCGCAAUGGUCGUCGUAAUUGGGAAAACAUCUCCGGGGCUCAUCGAACUCGUUCUCGGACUGUCUUAUGGCACGGUUUCCCAGACGUUACGUGCGAUGCACUCGGUACUCGAUGUCCGUGAUCGGGACGAUGACAUCAAGAUUUACCACAAAUCCUUCACUGAUUUCCUCCUUGAUCAGGCACGGCCGAGGGAGUUUUUUAUCGACAAGUCGAUGUGGAAGGACUUUCUGGCCUGUCGGUGGACUAGGGUUCUGACUGAACAGUUGAGAAAAGAUCCAGAACUGCUAAGACACAAGGAUUUACCUGGUUCUUUAGUGAUGUUGGUAAACCGCUGGAAUGAGCUCCUUGGUGAUGAUAUGAGUAGUGUGCUGGUGUCAGAGGUGGAUGCUUUCUACCAUGUGGCUUUGUUCAUCUCGGCGGAGGCAGUGGGUCACGACAUGCUUCUUCACAUACUUGCGGCGAUUCUACUGCUUCCAUAUCCACGCUUUCCCGAUUUCAUCCAACAAUUGCUUGGAGUUCACAGGGAUGCUUUAGAUCAGGCACUGCAGUCAAUGCGCCCAAUGAUUGAAGGUUCGAGUUACAUUUCCAUCAGGCAUCAGCCCUUCCUGUAUUUCCUCCUUGACCGAGAACGGUCAAAGAGAUCUUUCAUUGACAAAGGCUCUCAGAGCAACUUUCUUGCACAGAAAUGGCUCUGUCUUCUCCAACUUACUAAGGAUGAGGGCCCUCAAGAUGAGAUUUUGCUCAAAUACUGGGCUCAUAUCUGCAUUGUCAUCAACAAUCCUACAGAGGAAUUGAUGUUUGGACUUCACUGUAUGGAUUUGAGUGCCGUCUUCGCAAAGUCUCUCAACUGUGGUUUGGAUAGCCUGUUCCGUGACUUUGAAACUAUUUCAAGCUGGCUAGAAUCUAAAACCAACAACACUGAUCUUAUUGAUCGUUUCAGAAAUGUCCAAAGAGGAUUCCACAUUCGAAGUACAAGACAGGAUUCCGGACGCCACCAUAAUGUCAUCACCAUGAUCAUCCUUUCCAUCAUCAAAUGGUACGGGUCCGAUCGGGUAUGCACCUCAUUGAUAAUGAGAGAUUUUGUGGACCACCAGUCCAAUACUUUCCGUGCAUUGGUCAAGGCCGAACUCUCAGCCGAGUUUUGUGGGUGCUCGGGGCCCGCAUUUGAUUCUAACUAUGUUUCAACCCCGAUUCCUGGUAAAACAGACCUGUAUCACAUCAAUAUCUCAGCUGGUUGCGCUCGGAUUUUCAAAGCAUUUGUAGCUGGUUUGGAGGCAUACAAAUCACAACAUUUCACCCUCAACGAGUACUGUGAUCUCACUGACAGCCUACUGACGCUUCUGGACAUUGCUAAGAGAUUGGAACGAGGCGUCUAUUAUCGCCAAAGGAUAAAAAGUCCAAGUUACCCAGCAGAGGAGUCGCGAAGCAAGCUGCUAUCAUGGCUUGAGAACUUCCCUCCUGAUUGCGCCAACGAAGUUGAAACUGUCAGAAACAAUCUCCUGUCCUUAAUGCCACUUGAUGAAUGA